UGAAGUGUGCUUAAAAUUGUAGUUUAAAGUAAAAAGCUUCGAGUGUUUCAACAUAGUUUACUUCACCUACAUUUCUCACUAACACAUAUAGAGUUUUUAUAUGUAAUAAUUGUAGUGAAUAAUAACUUUGUGAUUUUAAAUAUGAAGUUGAAAAUUAAUAAAUAGUUUAGUGGAUUGUGAGUGAAAAUGUUACCCUCAAAGAAUAUAUCGUGGGUAGUUCUGAUUUUGUUGUGGUGGUUGCAGAAUUGCACCUUACGUAAUGAUGUGUUAUGGUAUGUUUUUGCUUGUAUUGUCGUUACGCGGUUAGUGUGGUCUAUUUUGACAUAUGACUAUGACUACUGGGAGAGGCGAGGUAUAUUCGCGCCCCCGGCUACUCCCGUGGUGGGUCAUAUCGGAUCAGUAGCAACGAUGAAGGAGCAGACAGGCUUGUGUUUCAAGCGAAUUUACGACACUUACAAACACAAAAGAUACUUAGGAACUCACCAGUUCUACCAGCGAACAUUUGUGGUUUGUGACCCUGGGAUCAUUAAGCGUAUGUGUGUCAAUGACUUCCACUACUUCACCGACCGGGGGUUCUUCUUCAACAAGGACACAGAUCCGCUCGCUGAGUCCGUGCUAUUUCUUCGAGGCAAUGAGUGGAAAAGACUGAGGGCUAAGAUAUCACCAAUAUUUUCGCCAAAUAAACUGCGUAAUAUGUUUCCUAUCAUCGAAGGGACGGCCAGUGAAUUUCUUAUACGUGUCAAGAAGAUCGCAAAAGGGACACAAUGCGAGGAGAAUAACAACGAGGUUAUCAAGUCUGUGGUACAUUCAAAUGAUGCGAUACAUUCAGAUGAUGCGAUACAUUCAGAUGAUGCGAUACAUUCCAAUAAUGCGAUACAUUCAAAUGAUGCGAUACAUUCAGAUAACAAAGUCUACAAGCCGGUGUCGGUGGUUGAUUCGGACAGGCUGGUUGGUGGUUUCACUGCAGACGCGAUAGUCCCCUGCGCUUUCGGACUGAAGAGUAAUGUGAUGGACAACGAGAAUGAUCCAUUCGCUGUUGCGCUGCAUGCGUUCUAUGAAAUGAGCUGGUUCAACAUAUUUGAGAAGACAAUGCGUCAAUUCUGGCCCGCGUUUGUUCUCUUUUUCAAAAUCCGUAUCAUUCCGAAACGAACACAUGAUUUCUUUUAUAACAUCGUGACAAAGGUGUUACGGGAGAGGUCUACUGGUGAACAAGAGAAGAGAGGAGAUUUCAUCGAUAUGAUGAUGGCACUACAAGAUGAUGAUAUCAAAAUAGAUGACGAAAACGACUUUAAGAUCACAAACAUGAUUAUAUCAGCGAAUGCAUUCAUCAUCUUCUUGGGUGGUUUCGAGACCACUUCUUCAACCCUGGCAUUCCUGUUCCUGGAGCUCGCGGCACACCCUGGAGUCCAGGAGAAGAUGAGGAAAGAGAUCGGCCAGGUGCUUGAAAAACACGGAGAGCUUACGUAUGAUGCGCUUCAAGAACUAACGUAUAUGGAGAUGGUAAUACAAGAAACUCUUCGGCUAUACCCACCGUUCCCGACGAUCCAGCGAAUGUGCACGAAGGACUACACGAUUCCUGGAACGACAGCUGUGAUAGAGAAGGGAACAAUCAUUAUGUUCCCAACGCUCGGGAUACAGAGAGAUGACAAAUAUUUUGAAAACGCAUCCCAGUUCAUUCCAGAGCGCUGGGCGGACGGAACAUCCCCGCCUCUUCCAGGAGUCUACAUGCCGUUCGGUGACGGUCCAAGAUAUUGUAUAGGUAAACGCUUCGCAAUCAUCCAGAUGAAAUGUUGCCUGGCCCGGUUGAUGCCCCACAUUCUGAUCAGCCCGGUGCCCACACGGAAUGGAGAAAGGACUGGUCCUUUCGACGCUGACCCGCUGUGUCCUAUGACCCUUCACCCGAAGGACUCAAGGGUUGCCAUCAGCCUGUUAUGACACGACUAGGGUACCUAUAAAGAACCUUAUAAACUGACACCCAGCCCAAAUAAGUGUUGAAUUGGUUUUAAAAUGAGUUGACAUUCGCCCUACAGAAAAGCGUAGAUGAAGCGACAACCUGAGAGUUGAAUAAAUACACAUACAUACCAAGAUAUACGACUCUCGACUGGUUGGAUCAGUUGGUAAGAGCGGUCGGACGGAACCCGAGAGGCAUCGUUCAUAAAUUUUGGAUAUAAAUUUAAUUUGUAUAAUAAGUCCCAGAUGCGGCCUUAAAAUAACAAAUUGUUUAAAUUGUUUUCGAAGUCACAUGUAACUUUGUUCAACUCUCAAGUUGGAAAGACCACUCGGAACGCGAGAGGUCGAAGGUUCGAUUCCCGCGUCGUUCAUAAAAUUUUGUAUUCAGUUUUAUUUGUGUAAUUAAUUUUUUUUGCUGUUGACUUAGUUGUUAGCUUAACAGUUCAAUGUUCUAGAAGAAAGUAAAAAACUACUAUAUACAGUAAUUUUAAUACGAUAAAAUAGAUAGAUUAUAAUUAUAUGGGAGACUUCUUUGCACAGGAUUCCGGCGAGAUAAUGGGUAGCCCAACGGCGCCUAUUUCUGCCGUGAAGCAGUAAUGUGUAAACAUUACUGUGUUUCAGUCUGAAGGGCGCCGUAGCUAGUGAAAUUACUGGGCAAAUGAGACUUGACUUCUUGUCUCAAGGUGAGGAGCGCAAUUGUAGUGCCGCUCAGAAUGUUUGGGCUUUUCAAGAUCCUGUGCGGCACUGGAUUGUAAUGGGCAGGACGUAUCAGUUACCAUCAGCUGAACUUCCUGCUCGUCUCGUAUUUUCAUAAAAAAAGAGCCUCAAGCUGUUAGGGAAAAUGACAACAGACCAGGUUUGUUACUUUAGUGUGUGUAAGUGACAUGCUCCGUUUUACACUCGCGGUACGUAAUUCACUUUGUAUUAGUGUGCGUAUGUUGCUGAAAGUAGAGGUUAACAGUUCGCCAAUAGAAAUAAAAAUAAGAAGGUUAUAGAAAUGUUAUAAGAUAUAACAAUAUAUUAUAUAACACUAGCUGACCCAUUUAAAAAAAAUGUCAAAAAAAAAAAUCGUGUGGACCACCCUUAACAUUUAGGGGAAUGAAAAAUAGAUGUUGGCCGAUUCUCAGACCUACUCAAUAUGCUCAAAAAAUUUCAUGAGAAUCGGUCAAGCCGUUUCGGAGGAGUACGGGAAGGAACAUUGUGACAAGAGAAUUUAAUAUAUAAGAUAUUAUACACAUAUAAUUUUUUUUACCUAAAACCUGAGAGUUGAACAAAGUAUACAAGAUUUUAUAAGCGAUACGUCACUCGAACGGUUGGCUCAGUUGGAAGAGCUCUCGCACGGAAUGUGAGGGUUCGAUACCGCAUCGUUCAUUAAAUAUUGUUUUUUAAAUUUUAUUUGUGUAAUCAUCCCAGAAGUGAGGGUUAUCACUUGAUUACCACGGACUAGAAAAAAAAACAGGACUCCACGCCGUGAUAUUAGCAAGUGAAGCACCUUUAUGCUGUGUUUAUGCUAGUGUGUGUGCGGUUACGGUGCACAACAGUUACACAAUUUUUUCUUCCUUAAAUAAUCAUAUAUCCACAAAUACUUUUAUAUUAUUGUUUUUACACUUUUUCACAACGCACGACGGCAUUUUAAAAAAUAUUUUAUUGCGAUGCAAACUGAUCUGUCACAGACGAUGGCAAAUCUCAUAAUGGCCGCCGAUCGGCUUGUAUUAGUGUAAGUGUAUACGUGGGGCUAUACUUGUUUUGGUGCCUCACUGUUAUGUAACGUGACACGGAGUCCUUAUUGUUUUACUCGUCCGUGCUUAAAACAUAACAAAUUGUUAACAUAUUAUAUUCAUACAUAAACAUUGCUGAAUACCUACGCUUGCAACGCCUCGGAUAUUUAGGACCUUGUGCAACAAUUGUUCAAAGUGGCGUCAAUAUGAAUAAAUUAAGAAUCUCACAGUGAAGAAUGAUUAGCAUAUAUUUAAAAAAAAACUUAGCGUUUAAAUGCAAUAUUCAAAUAUAUAGGUGUUGGUUGUAGAAGAGUUCCCGCAGUUAAAUUAAAUACUGAAAUAUGUCCGCUGCUCCGAUUGAUACUAAAUCACUACUUAACCACUGCUGGUCUAUAAGUCACCUGUGAGGCGAUUGUUUAACACGGCGAUGUCACUUCUAUUACCUUCUAAAUUAGAUUUAUAUGUAUGUAGUAGAUUAAGUCACAAAGUUCUAAGUUAAGAUUUCUAAGUUAUAAGUUCUAAGUUAAGAUUUCAUGAAGUUACCAAAUAAAUUCUCUUAGUAAGUUA